CACUGAGGGCGGCCGCUGGGCCAGCCAGCUUGCCUUCUGGGCCCCCACCCACGACACCCCGGUGGCAGCAGCCCCAGGGAGAUCCGGCCUCCCAGAUCCGCUGAGACCGCCAGGGCCGGCGAGACCUUUGGAGACCAUCCCCAAGAAAGGACAGCGCAUCUCCGGGCCCUCCUCGGUGCGGCCUUGCCCAGGCUGGGGGGGGAGCCCCCAGCCGGCUGGCAGACGGCACCUCCAUUUCACUCGGCCUCAGUCCCCGGGAUCUCCCGAGAGCCCCCUCAGGGGAAGGUUUACAAGAAACCUGGACCCCGGGGCCCUGUGGGCAGGGCCAGGGGCCUCGUCGACUAGAGGGACCGACCGGGCCCCUUGCGGCCUCUCUCCGGCUCAGCCUUUGCGAGGGGAUCGUGGCAUCCUGGAUCGCCUUCCGGAUCCCCGAGGCAGCUCGGGGGUGCCCCAGCGGGCAUACUGCUGCCUCCGCGAGCUGGGCAGGAUGCUGUUCGGGGUGAAGGACAUCGCCCUGUUGGAGCACGGGUGCAAGGCUCUGGAGGUGGACAGUUACAAGUCCCUGAUGAUCCUGGAUAUCCCGGAAGACUGCGACCACGAGGAAUUCGAAGACAUCAUACGGGCCCCCCUGAGACCUCUGGGCAAGUUCGAAGUGGCUGGGAAGGCCUUUCUGGAAGAAGAGAGGUCCAAGGCAGCCAUCAUCAGGCUGGCGGAGGACCUCAAUUAUGCCGUCAUCCCCAGGGAGAUCAAGGGCAAGGGCGGCCUGUGGAGGGUGGUCUACAUGCCCCGGAAGCAGGACAUUGAAUUCCUGACCAAGCUGAACCUCUUCCUGCAGAGCGAGGGCAGGACGGUGGAGGACAUGGCCCGGGUCCUGAGGCAGGAAUUGUGCCCCGCAGUGACGGGCCCCAGAGAGCCACCUGCCAGAAAGUGCCGCGCGCCCCCCGGGGCCGGGGAGAAGCAGCCCGGGGCUGGGACCGCCAGGGCGGAUGCGGCGCCGCCUCUGGACUCCACGGAGAAGCCGAGCAAGCCUGGAGAUGACAAGAGAGGCAAGAGGAAGCAUAAGAAAAACCGGCGAAGGCACCAUGCAUCUGACAAGCUGUGAGUCUCUCCCCAGUGUUCGGUGGGAUUCUCCAGAGGCUACGCGGCGUGGCGAUGUUGCAACUGGCUGAAUGCAGAAGCAGGUAGGAGGGUCCAGUAACCUCUGUUGAAUCAGACACGAAGGAGAUUUGCAAGAACGUAACACAACGCCGUUCUCCUCUUGAAUUGGUUGAUUUGGGAAAAUAAUAGCUAUUUAAUCAAUUAAUUAAUUUAGUUUUUUGAUGUUUUCAUGCAUCUUUGAGAGAAAGAGAGAGACAGAGCGCGAGCAGGGGAGGGGCAGAGAGAGAGGGAGACACAGAAUCGGAAGCAGGCUCCAGGCUCCGAGCCGUCAGCACAGAGCCCGACGCGGGCCUCGAACCCACGGACCGCGAGAUCGUGACCUGAGCCGAAGU